AUGGGGAAAAAGCCGCCCGACAAGAGCCAUACAAACUCGGGAGGAAACAUUAUGGUCGCAGUUAAAUACUCUCUGGAAGACUUCGUGCAGGAGAUGGAAGAGCUGCUGAAGAGUGAGCCCAAUCAGGAAAAGAUUUUCGACAACGGAUCCAGCUACCUGGCUCGGCUGGUUGGCAACCCCGACGCCAUUCCGGUUCGGUUCCGCCAACCGGUGGGUGAGGGUCGGCGGGCCAACCACGGAUCAUGGUUGCUGCACCACAAUCCGGACAGUGGGUUGCUGGUGACGUCGGUAGUCUGGGGGCCGGGCGACCACGCCGCUCCUCACGACCAUCGCACAUGGGGCAUGAUCGGCGUGAUGGACAACCUGCUCACGGAGACCCGAUUCCGCCGCGUCGACGACCACAGCAAGGACGACUGGGCGCAGCUGGAACAGGACCGUUCGGCCACGGUCAAGCCCGGUGAAGUCAGCCUGCUGAUUCCGGAAGUGGACGAAAUCCAUCAGAUGGACAACUUCACCGACCGGCCCACCGUGGAGGUGCAUGUGUACGGGCACGAUCUCCGCGGCCUGGAACGGGUGCGCUACGACCUGGAAACCGGCGCCAUCAAGCAGAUGAUCACCGACAAGUAUGACAACUGCUAG